GUAUUGUCGUAACUAGGUAGAUAACAAUUUACGCAACUCCCAAAGGUCGCACAAACAACGCUAGUUACACAUCCGUAAUACAGUUGUAAGAGGGAGGAAUUAUAAGUUUUUCUAAAUUAAUAUAAGAACAUGUCAGACAUAGAAAUAGACAGUCUACCUCCUGGUAGUCAACUUAAUGACUUCAGUGGUUCGUAUCAUUCUAAUCAGAGAAGUUAUCAACAGCGUUCAAUAUAUCCAGAUGGUAUUUCAAGAGAUAAUUUUGUCAUUAGUGGGGACGAAUCUAGACAAGUGUCUCAUCCAAGUGAUAGUUCAUGGCCAAGUGAAAGAACUGGAUUUAAUGGAACCAACGGAAGUGCUCACAGUGUAUAUGGGAAUCACAUAAAUGUGACAGCUAAUUCUAGUCCUGGAUAUAAUUUUUCGUUUAGACAAACUUCUAGCAACAAUGAUACAAAUUCUGGAUAUAAUUUUUCGCAUCGACAUAACAUGGGUGCAAAUGAUUGUGGAUAUAAUUUUUCGCAUCGCAAUAACACCAGUGACACUGAAAGUGAUGGAUAUAAUUUUUCACAUCGACCUAAUACCAGGGAAACUGAUAAUUCUGGGUAUGAUUUUUCACACAGAAACGAAAAUGACAGAACGAAUAGUCAAAAUCAUCAAUCAAUUUUGCAUUCUAAUAAUUCUAGUAAUGGACAUAAUAUUUUUCAAAAUAGCGAAAUUUCAGUGCCCGAAAUAAGUAAUCUUUCAAUGGAUGAAUCAGAUUCAAGUUUUGUGUUCAACAGACCCCAAUCUCACGUUAAUACCAGACACAACCAACAACAUGCACAUAUUAAACUAGAAAACUCUAAAUACGCUAAUUAUAGGAACGAGGCUCAGAGAAUUCAAUCAUAUGCAUUUUCAACAGCUCCUGUGAGAAGCCCUCAGACCAUGAGUGAUGCUGGAUUUUUUGCAAUAAGUAACCAAGAUUUUGUACGUUGUUUUCACUGUGGUAUUGGGUUGAGGAAUUGGGAGGAUGAUGACGACCCGUAUGUGGAACACUGUCGAUGGUCUCCUAAUUGUCAGUAUAUGAAGUUAAAGAAAGGACAAGCUUUUAUUGAUGCUGUACAGGAGGCUGUCAGGAAAGUCCAGUUGGAAGAAGCUCUAGGUCAGUCAGACACGAGAGAUGGUGCUCAAGCAGACGGAACUGUUACAUAUUCAGAUAUAGCAGAAGACGGAGAAAACAAUGAAUCCUAUCCAGCAUCUGUUUUGAAGAAGAACCCACUUCUAUCUAGUGCUGCCCAGAGUGUUAUAGAAAUGGGAUACUUACCACGCAUUGUAAAGAGAGCUGUAGAUAACAUUAUAAAAGAGCAUGGUUUGAGUGGUUUAACUGGACAGAGAAUUGCAAAUUUAGUUAUGGAUAUGGAGGCAAAAGGAGAAAAAGUAAUGAUACCAACACAACAAGUUUCUGAACCUAACAUGGACAAAUCAAAGAUAAACGAAGAAGCUAAACGUAAACUUGAGGAACAGAAUAGAGAAUAUAAAGAGAAGAUAUCUUGUGUGAUAUGUUGUGAGAAUGAGAGAUCGAUUACAUUUCUACCAUGUGGACACUUGGUGUGUUGUGCUCAAUGUGCGCCUGCAUGUUCAUCAUGUGCAGUGUGUAGAAAAGAAAUAAAAGGAACAGUUAAAGUAAGUCUUCGAUGAAAGAAGGGUCUAAAUAAGAAAUAAGAUAAAUAAUCAAUAACGAUAUGAAAUUCGUCGAAUUAUUAUUUUGAUUAACUGUAUUAAAGUUUAAAACAAUAUUUUUGCAUAUACAAUUCAGAACAGUGAGAUAUAUAUCUUCUGUUAGUUUCGUGUUUCAGAUGUUUUCCUAUGGGCAUUUCAAAUUUGAUAAUAUACUAUUUACCUAAAUUAUUGGAAUUGAAAAAGUUAUUAGUCCUUUGAUAUAAAUCUAUGUGACUGUGUAAUUUGUUGAUUUGUUAUCUAUCAAUAAUCAUGACUCCCUUGAUUCAAAAUAAUAAA